GGCAGGGAGUGUGGUGUUAAAGGGCUGAGCACUCUCCUGUGCAAGUCUGAGGAAGAGGAGAAAGUGGGACAGGGGUACUGAACUGAACAUCAGGGUAAAUACUGAAGUCUCCAUCACCUGCCGCAAACAGCUGCUGCGUUGUCCCCCAAGACACAGACAGAACCCACAAAACAGAAGUCCCGUACAGUACGUUGGACAUGGAGGCGGGACCUGAUGAGGGAGUGGCGGGGGCUGUGUCUGCAAACGAGACCUCCGAGACGAACCCCGGUGACACACCGUCAGGCAUACUGACCAGUCAGCAGUUAUCUGCUAUUGAGGAUGAAGAAGUCCUGAAUAAACUGUUGGAUAAAGCUGUGGAUUUUGAUGAAAGGCGAAUGAUCCGCGCUGCAUUGAGGGACUUGCUCAAGAAGAAGAGAGAGAAGCGAGAGAAAGAGCGGGGGUCCAGGCAAGAUGACCUGAAGCAACAGGCUUUGAGUAAAGCAGGCACAGGACGGAUGGGAAUGAACAGAGGCCAGACCAGCAACCACCAGCAAAGAUCCCACAUGCACAGCCAACUCUCUGCAUCAACUACCAACUCCUUCACUAAAACAACUGGCAGCAUGGCCAACCCAGCUAUGGCACCAGCCCAUCAGUGUUCCCCUGUUGUUGCAGCACCCAACAUGAAAAAUGUCAAGCAGAUGUUACUGGAUUGGUGCAGGGCCAAAACCGAACCAUAUGAGGGGGUGGAAAUCCGCAACUUCUCUUCCAGUUGGAGUGAUGGCAUAGCAUUCUGUGCACUGGUGCACAGGUUCUUCCCAGAUGCAUUUGAGUACUCCAUACUCAACCCCAACGCACGCAAAGACAACUUUGAGCUGGCCUUCAGCACUGCAGAAAGGCUGGCAGAUUGCCCCCCUCUGUUGGACGUUGAAGACUUGCUGCGGAUGCAUGAGCCUGACUGGAAGUGUGUGUACACAUACAUUCAGGAGUUCUACCGAUGCCUGGUGGAGAAAGGCCUAGUUAAAACCAAAAAGAAACUCUAGAGACGGAUGUUUCACAAUAUGGGGAUGGGGAGGGCAUAUAAGAGUUUGUAGUUUGCUGCAGUGCCUUUUAAGCACAUAGUUGGGAUUUUUAUUAACUGUGUGUAUCUUUGUAUUGGUUUGUGUGUAUUAGCUGACACUUUCUGUUUAUGUGUUGAGAGGACAGCUGGCACUUAAGAUCAGUACAUUCCACUGAGAUUACACAUCUGCUAUAAUCUCAGUCAGAGCCAUGGAGAAUCUGGGAAUGGCUUUUUAUGGUGCUGCAGUGCUGUGCCCUGACUACAAUGGCUUUUUGUGGGUAGGCUAUGUAUGGGUUAAAGAUACAUGAGGUCAAAUGUAAUGUGAAUGAUGUGGUUUGAUUUGUGAACAUUUAUUUUGUUCUGAUCACAUUAUAGAGUACUACUACAUUUCUAUUACGGGGAACCCUCACCAUUUUCAGCCUGAAAGAGGAUUGUUGCCAAAUCAUUACUGUAUUUGGUCACUAUUUAAAAAUGGAAAAUAUCCCUGAAGUCUACUCUAUUAAAAGUUUAGACCCAAAGGCAUCUUGGUCCAGGGCAAAUAAAAGGCAGUGACUGGCUCACAGUAACACUGACUUAUUAUAGGCUAAGCUUCUCAGGACCACCAUGUGCUCAGGGACAGACUAUAAUCAUACUAUAUAAACACAGAGUUGCCAUACCUUGUCCUGCAUUUUUAUUUUCAUCUUGAAUGGUUUGGAUGUUUUUCCCUCCAUUAUUGAUAGUGCACUAUGUUAGUCAUAUAGCCUACAUUAUGUAGCCUAAAUACAUACAGUUUGGAAGUGAUUCUUCAAAAUUUUGCCACUCUACUCUAGCUCACCAGACUGUGUAGGCUAAUGUA